UGUAAACAGGAACCACUAAGCGAAGGAGGAAGCCUUAAACUCAGUUUUUCUCAAAGCUAAACGUUUGCCCAGGACAAGAAGUUUUCUCCAUCUACUCUGGGUCCCUUUCUAAAGGAGAACGAGUGCAGAAGACUUCAGUAAAAAUGUUUUUCUACAUACUACUCAUUCUUAGCAUCAGCUCUCUGUGGUGGUACUGGAAGGCAAGAGACAGGGGGAAGGUUGCAAACCUCACUGGCAAAUAUAUAUUCAUCACUGGAUGUGACACAGGAUUUGGAAAUAUGGCAGCAAAGACUUUGGAUAAAAAGGGAUUCCGUGUUCUUGCCAGCUGCCUAACUGAAACAGGAGCCAAGGAGCUACAAGCUGCCACUUCCAAUCAGCUUCAGACAGUGAUGCUGGAUGUGAGAGAUUCAGACAGUGUUAAGAAAGCAGCAGCGUGGAUCAAAGCUGAAGUCCAGUCAGAAGGUCUCUGGGGACUUGUUAAUAAUGCUGGAAUUACAGGGCCAUCCGCUCCUACAGACUGGUUGGAUAUUGAGCACUUUAGAGAGCCAAUUGAAGUUAAUUUAAUUGGGCUCAUAAAUGUGACAAUAAAUGUGCUUCCCUUGAUAAAACAAGCAAAGGGGAGGAUAGUAAAUGUAUCCAGUGUUGGAGGUCGCCUAGCAUUCUGUGGUGGAGGCUAUUGUCCUUCAAAGUUUGGGGUAGAAGGAUUUAAUGACAGCUUAAGGAGAGAUAUGAAAGCUUUUGGAGUUAAGGUUUCCUGUAUUCAACCUGGACUGUUCAAAACACCAUUAACUGAUCCAGCAAAGAUUCUGAAAGAGAAGGAGGUUAUUUGGAAUCGGCUUCCCCCUGACACUAAAAAGCAAUAUGGAGAGGAGUAUUUUCAGAAAGAUGCAGCAAAGAAAGAAAAGCUCUCCAAGGCCUGUCUUAACACAGACAUUUCACUGGUUGUUGAGUGCAUGGAGCAUGCUCUAACAAGCCUCCAUCCAUGUGCCCAUUAUGUCGUUGGCCAGGAUGCCAAGUGGUUUUGGACUCCUCUUUCAAGAAUGCCAGCAGAUGUGCAAGAUUUCUUACUUCUGAGAAACAGAGAAAAGCCUGCAUUUUCCCAUAGAAAGUUUUUUCUGAAAACUAUCAUCAUGCAAGCGUUGGUGCACAAGCUGAUGAGUUUGUCUCGAGCAGUUUCUACGUUCUGACACCGCAAUGACUGGCGAAGGCCACUCAUGAGCACCUGGAGGUACGCGGUGAGCUUGCAGAUGUCUCCCCAGAAUGUGAGUACCAGCACAAGAGCAGAACUUGUGUCUAACAUUACAGCGUGCAUGACUCAUUAUAUGCAUUUGCAGAAUGUUUAAGAGGACAAAUUAAGCACUUGUUUUUGAGUGCAUGGAUGAGAGAACAAGCAGUCUCUUGCUUUCCAGUAAGGAUUUUAACCAAUUGUUGCUUAUCUAAGCACCUACAGGGUCUGAAUAAA